AAUACCCAUUUCCAAAACAUCACAACUGUACCGGUGUAAAGGUCACACUGGUGGUGCGUUAGCGAUAACGUACCAGAUUAGUGGCAAUAUACGGGAGCAUUAAGAACCCCUUGCCGCUAGGAACCAUUGAACAGUUCAUUACCAUAAGGGCCAUGGGCAUUUUAAUACAUCCAGUACUAAAGAAUUUCCUGCCCGUGACGUAUCUGAUGAGGAAAUAUUGUGACAAAAUCUUACUCAACUACUAUUUUGGCCUUGAUUCAUCUGAAUCAAAGCGAUAAGAGAGAACGACCACACGUUUAGGGGUAAACGUAGCAAGUCAACACAACAACAUGUCGAUGCCAUCGGCAGUGCGAUACAGUUACACCAGUAUAUCAGCUGUUUCGGUUGACACGUUUCAACAAGCAAACAGCAGCAAGCCUCCACUUAUCUUUUUAAAUACAAAUCAAAUCGCAAGUAGACUCUUUGCGAAGCGGUGAACAUCGAGGGACAUGGAAACGAACAAUCAGCAGGAAGCAGGCGGUAUCGGCGAUUAAGUACCCUUCCGUUCGAUACGAUUGUGCCAGCGUAGCGGGAGUCGGUGACGCAGAAGCUAAAUUUCAAUUUUUUACCCGAAACAGUCUCCCCAUUAAGACCCCGAAAAACUGCCAACACGAAUUGCCAACUUAUCGCACACUGGAGCAAGAAUGGGGGGCAGAUACUGGAAGACAGACAGGGAGUUUGCAAUGCAUGCGCGCGAUUUUGUUGUAAUCGAUGAGUGUCGGUGCGAAAACACAUUCGUGUUGUGACCGCGGAACGAAGCGGUUCAGAUUUUUUGGACGCGUACAGUUUUACUGACAGAUCCGCGAUCAGUUCUUCCCGAUCGAUUGUACCAUUAAAGUGCGUUGCGUGAAGAAGGAUCGGUUAGGAUUUCUAGGAGGAGACGUGUUCCAAUAGUUCGAGAUACACAUACAAACACAGCAAAAUGAAGACGAUAGCACAGCCACCGUUCGAUAUUGUCACGGAACCACCGACCGAGGAGCUGUUGGAAGUGUCCCGGCGUGAGUUACGCGAAACGCCUGAGUUGCGUGAACAAACGAUCAAGCAGUUGCGCGAUUUGCUGCACAAUGCCACCGACCUGAAUUACGCGGACGAUGACGACUUCCUGCUAAUCUUUCUGCGCCCGUGCCACUUCUAUCCGGACAGUGCGCUCAAAAUGAUGCGAAGAAUAGCCGAUUUCAAGAAAAACAACUUCCCUCUCAUGCACAACCUCUCACCAGAGGAUGAAAAGCUCUCCUUUCUCGAUCACAAGAUCGUGAACGUGUUGACGAACCGGGAUAGGAAGGGUCGCCGGAUAUUGAUCGUCAGCUGUGGUGCGGUCUGGGAUCCAAAGGCCGUCACUGCCGAGAAGCUGUUCCGGAUGUUCUAUCUGGUGCAUCUGGUGGCUCAGCUCGAGCCGGCAACACAGAUUAAUGGCGUGGUUAUUGUGAUGGACUUUGAGGGAUUGUCGCUGAAACAGGUCCGUGGUCUAUCGCCAUCCUUUUCGAAGCUGUUGCUCACCUUCCUGCAGGAGGCCGUCCCGUUACGGAUGAAGGAGUUCCACAUCCUCAAGCAGCCGUACAUCUUCAACAUGGUAUGGACACUGUUCAAACCGUUCAUUGGUGAUAAGCUCAAGAAGCGGCUCUACUUCCACGGAAAUGACAUGAAGAAGCUGCACAAGCACAUCGACCCGGCAGAUCUACCCAAAAACUAUGGUGGUACAAGACCUGCACUGGACUAUAGCUCCCGGGACUGGUAUCCCUGUAUCGAGAAGUACACCGAGCACGUUCACCGAUGGAACAACUACGGCUAUGCGGCUGGCCCCUGAGCUCAUCCUUCCGUUGCCCUUCAUCUUCAUCUCUGCAACAUUUGCCAGCGCAUUCCAAAGAGAGGCCAAAAACUACUUACACAACCAAUCGAGCAAAGUUCGAUCAUUACGGUUCGCGCCGAUAAGCAAUCGCGCACAAUGUGACGUCGCGACAAACAAAACGGUGUGAUAAGCUCCCUCUGCCUUCUCCACCACCCCUUUGCGGAGCACCAUUCGGUUUGAAGGACGAGUUCAGUCGCCAUUUUUUUACGUAUAAACGCUUGCCCGAUACGUUUGUGCAAGCACAUGGGAUCAAAACGGGACACUAUUAGUGAUUAGGAAACACCGAUGCAUGCGUGUGGCAUUUGGAGAGAUUAAUGCCGGUGCCGCUCACUUGCGAACAUGCUCGGAAAUACUUGACACGGUGGUUUAUAGCAAUAAAUUGAAUUGAAUUGUCAUCGAUCAAA